GGAGCCGAGUGCCGCCGCCGCCGCCGCCUCCGGGAUGGAUCAAUGCGUGACGGUGGAGCGCGAGCUGGAGAAGGUGCUACACAAGUUCUCGGGCUACGGGCAGCUGUGCGAGCGCGGCCUGGAGGAGCUCAUCGACUACACGGGCGGCCUGAAGCACGAGAUCCUGCAGAGCCACGGCCAAGAUGCGGAAUUAUCAGGGACACUUUCUCUUGUUUUGACACAAUGCUGUAAAAGAAUAAAGGACACUGUUCAAAAAUUGGCCUCGGACCACAAAGACAUUCACAGCAGUGUUUCUCGAGUUGGAAAAGCCAUUGAUAAGAAUUUUGAUUCUGACAUUAGCAGUGUGGGAAUAGACGGCUGCUGGCAGGCAGACAGCCAACGGCUUCUCAAUGAGGUGAUGGUGGAGCACUUCUUUCGACAAGGAAUGCUGGAUGUAGCUGAGGAACUCUGCCAGGAAUCUGGUCUUUCUGUAGACCCAAAUCAGAAAGAACCAUUUGUGGAGCUAAAUCGAAUAUUAGAAGCAUUAAAAGUCAGAGUUCUGAGACCUGCUCUGGAAUGGGCAGUAUCAAACCGAGAAAUGCUCAUAGCCCAGAACAGCUCCUUGGAAUUUAAGCUACAUAGACUGUAUUUUAUUAGCUUGUUAAUGGGUGGAACUACAAAUCAGCGAGAGGCAUUACAAUAUGCUAAAAAUUUUCAGCCAUUUGCCCUAAAUCAUCAAAAAGACAUUCAGGUUUUGAUGGGAAGCCUUGUGUACCUGAGGCAAGGGAUUGAGAACUCACCAUAUGUUCACCUGCUCGACGCAAACCAGUGGGCUGACAUCUGUGACAUCUUUACACGGGAUGCCUGUGCCCUCCUGGGGCUCUCCGUGGAGUCCCCUCUCAGUGUCAGUUUCUCAGCAGGCUGUGUGGCGCUGCCAGCUUUAAUUAAUAUCAAAGCCGUGAUCGAACAGAGGCAGUGCACUGGAGUGUGGAACCAGAAAGAUGAAUUACCUAUUGAAGUGGACCUUGGUAAAAAGUGCUGGUAUCACUCUAUAUUUGCCUGUCCCAUUCUUCGUCAACAAACAACAGAUAACAACCCACCCAUGAAAUUGGUCUGUGGUCAUAUUAUAUCAAGAGAUGCCCUGAAUAAAAUGUUUAAUGGUAGCAAAUUAAAGUGUCCAUAUUGCCCAAUGGAACAAAGCCCAGGAGAUGCCAAACAGAUUUUUUUUUGAAGAAAUACCUUUAGUUUGCAAUUUGUAAGUGAAACUGAAUUGUGGGAGCAUUUCAGAAGAGAACGUUCCAUUUAAAGCAGCUAACCAAGGACUCCCGUGUUUAUAUAAGCUAAUGCUUCAGAAACUUUGCCAACGUUUUAGUGUACACACACUGAGGGGAGUGCUCCAGAUGAAUAUUAUCAUAGGGCUUUAUUACAUUCUUGGUCUUCGUUUCUGAUCAAGUAAAUACACCAGCAGUCGUCAUUCAAUGCAGGUUUUUGUACUUAACUACAUGGUAAUUUUUUUACUUUUUAAGAGCAGAACCAGAAAUUGACCUCCCGUCAUGUGUUUGAUAUUUCUCCUGCUUUUACUUUUGUCAUUUUCUUGAUAAUUGUAAGCUUUGAGAAAUUUGUGGACACGUUUUAUUUCCUGUUAUGUAUACAUAAUUAAAUGAAAAUUAUCCAGAAAAAGUUUGAUAAAUGGAAUUGUGGUUAUAAAACUAAUUUUGCAUUUUUCUUUGCUUAAGGAAGAAAGCUGUGAUAGAUUCCGAAUUUGCUUUUUGCUGUUUUCCUCUGCUCCAGCUCUUCACUGAGCAGUCAGCACCUCCUGCAUUUGAGCUCUCUUUGUAGCCCCAGUGGCUGCCUGUUUAAAACUGCAUCAGAAAUUUGGCAGGUUGGUGUGACAAGUCUUCCGCUAGACCAGAGUUGGAAUGAGUACUAUUGUUUCUUUGCUUUUAUUGCUAAGAGGUGCUUGUUUUAAAAGUGUGUUCAAUAAAAUGAAAUUCUGAAGUUAGAAGUGUUCUUAAGUUGCUCUUCGCUCUCUUGGUCUUGGUAGCACUAUCCUCUGAAACCUGCCUUCAGGACUUGGCUGUCUAUUGCAUUUGCAUAUCAUUGCAGACACAGUGUUGUAUGUGUGUGUGUGCACCAGCAUCAAACAUUGUGUAUCUGGAAGGCAAGAAGCAUGUUCCAGUCCUAAAACGCAGUUACCCGUCUCAUCACUUUAAAUCCUUAAAGUUAGAAGCUAGCCAAUUUUCUGUAGUGCAAAAUAUGUUUAUUGCUGUUUUUGUAUUUGAAUAGUAUACUGUUAUAUUCAAUGCCUCUCUUCUGCAAGGUGUAUCAUCUCAUUGACUGUGAAUCUGUAUAUUGUUCUAAUGGAUACAGAUAAUGAUCUUUUCUCUCGUAAGGUAUCUUUGUUUAAUGCACUGUCCAGAAAUAGCCAUGUGUAAGAGUCUUUCUCUGUAUGAUGAACUACAUGGAAAAGACUUCUGUGGACAUAAUUCUGACUUAAAUUCAUGAGGUUGCUUCCUUAUGAGAAGAAUAUUAUACAGAAAUCACCAAAUAUUUUAAAACUUUUAUUUCAUCUGACAUGGAAUGGAACAUCAACAUAAGAAAACCUUCGUGAGAAAACGAAGAAGGACGAAAACACAGAAACAAAGAGAAGUUGACAUUUCACAUUUUAAACUACAGAUUGACUUUGUGGGGGGGAGGGGUAUAACAGAUUUGGUGCUAAGCUCAUUGGAAAUUGGCAGCAUUUGCAAGAGUUUACCAGCCUGAAUGGUUUAUCCUGAAAUGUUGACUUGGGAGAGCUGUGAUUCAUUUGUGAAAGAAAAGGUGUUGCUGUGUGUGGCCAGGCUUCAGUUGAGGGCUGCUGUGUGCUGUGUGAGUGAGCCAGGAAUCUUGAUUGGCCUGGUUCCUAGUGCUUGGCUUUGUCCGUCCUCAGUCUGACCUCACAGACCUGCCCCAUGUUCCUGCUUCACAGUUGGAACCUUCUAUAAAGUUCUCUUCCUCUCCACUAAAGCAGUGGAGGAAGAGGGCAUAGGGAAGCUCCUUGGCCUCCGAAAGAGAAGAUAGAGAAUUCCAGGCAAUACUUUGGCUGAUUGUAUAAAACCUGUUUUAGUGUAUAUUUUUUUUUUCCCUUUGAAUUACAACCCAGAGUGUCGUCUUUUUUACCCUUUUCUCCCUACACCAAAUUUAGCUUUAUUCUAAUUUUAUCACAUAAACACCUACACAACAUUUAGCUUUCACAUAAGGUUUGCACAGUACAGACCUUGCUCUAGGUAGAGGCUGGUGAUGAUAUUUUCAGGCCAGACACUUGACCCAGUUUGCUCAGGCCACUUCCAAGGACCAAGCCAGAGCUGCUUUGUCCCUUUCCCAGUGUGGGAAUCCUGUUGACAGUUUUCUGUGUAGCUCAUGAAUCUUCCUUUAACUGAACAUGAACAGUUAAAGAAUAUGCUUUACCUGAAGCAUUUGAUUUUACACCUUCCUCUGCAAAGGUCCCUGUUGUCCAGUCAGACAGGGUUAGGGCCAAAAAAUUGAAAUUCUGUUGAUCUGACAAUACGGAAAAUGGCAUCAUUUGACAUUCUUUAAGUGCAUGGGCUGAAAAUUCUUUGGAGACUAAAGGUGAAGGAGAGAUGGAUUUGAAGGGCCAGACCUUAACCAAAGAUGCUGAAAUACAACCUACUGUCCUUCCUGUUGUAGGAACACCUUGGCAGAUGGUUAGGACCGUGUCGUCACUGAUGCUCCUUCAGCAGUGCGGGAAGGUGCCGUAUGUCUGUCUUUGCCUCCCCUUGUAAAAGGUCAUGAUACAGCCAAGGUUUUUACAGUCAACUGAAAGCAGAAUUUCAGAAUGGUUUCUUAGUUUUCUUUGGGAACCAUUUCCAUGUAUCAGCUGUGGACAAAGGCCAUGGGACUAUGCUAAACCAUUAAAACUUUAUUGUCAAAUCCUUAGGUUCUGACUCAUCCGAAACAUCUGCGGCUAAGGUUGUCUUUCGAUCUUUUUCUCCUCUGUGUGAUUAUCACAGAUGCCAUUUCUCUUGUUUUAGUGGUGAUUAUAUGAAAUUUCUAUACAUAAAUGAACGGGUAUUGGUGCCUCUUAAUUUUAAAAAUUUUAAAGAAAAGGGCCACCUCAUAUUCAUAGGAUGUGUGAGUAUUUUUUGAGUGUGUGAGCAUUUAGUUGAAAAUAAGAAAGUUAUGAAUUCAGUCUUUGGAUUUUUCUGUAGCAGCUAACGUGUACAGACACUAAACCCCACACUGAACUGUGGGAAAGAGGAUCCUCUUUUCUCUCCAGGUGGUCUCACGGUCUCCGCAGCGUAAGGUCAGCAUUCUUUAUGCUGUGAGUUAUUGCCACCUUGGUGGUUUCAGCCGUGGGGCAGUGGAUAUUGCAAAAACCAAGAACUCUUGGUUAUCUGCACAAGACAAACUGCCGGUGGACUUCAUUAGCCCUCUGGUUUUCCAGCUCAACCUCUGAUUAAGUGGACUGAUAGCCGAGCUGGUCGGUCUGGUUAGUCAGCUGACUCAGGUUAUUUUCAGGGAAGGGUGGAGGCACGGUUUGGUUAGUUUCAUCACUAAGACAUGUAAAGUGAGGACACAGACCAAAUACCUGUCAUCACUUAACUCUGUGUACAUUGUCUUUGGUAACACUGGAGUGCUGUGGUCUCGAGGGAAGGUCAGCAAGGAACACGCGUGAGGUUUGUGCUGCGUGGGCCUGUCCAGCUGUGGCAGCUUUAUGUGGUGCCAUUGACAGUGUUUACCAUAAACAGGUACAAGCUUCAUGAACUGUUCUUACUGAACUGUAAUUAAAUAGAUACCAAAAAUAGGCAGAAUGACAAAUGUAUUUUAAUAGCAGAUGAGGCAAUUACUUUUAGGGUCAUUUUACUUCAAGACAUAGGAAGAGAAAAUUUUGUUUUCGGGACAUUUCCCACGUGGUUUCCAGUGUAGUGAACAUAUGUUCCAGUUACUUCCAAAGAGGCAGGAGCAGCUGGAAUUGGCUUAGAGCCCAUGCUUUGUCUCAUGUUAUGGAUGAGUACCUGCACACUUAUUGUAGGGUCACUUAAUAUUCUCCAGCCAGGCAGAUGUGGGCUUCACUAGGAUUUAGUGCCUGAUCUUUCGGGAAAGGCUGGGAUGGAAUGUACGGGAUGGGCGGGAAGCAGGAGAAGAACACGGCGUGUGUGUGCGUGUGUGCGUGCGUGUGGGGGGGACCAGGUGUCUGCCUGGUUUUGCUCGUGACAGCAGUGUCGUGUGUGGUUUUUUUCCCACUUCUGUGUUUUCUAAAUUUGCUCUAAAAGGAUUCAUCAAAUCAUCUUGUUCAGAUGGCUCAGGAUUGUAUUUCUUUUUGCUUACCCUGUGUUCUUGGGUUCUGUAGUGUUUCUAUAAUUACGUAACAAGAAUAGUGUUGCACUGUAAUCUAUCAUAUAGAGCUAUAUGUAUGGAAAAUUUUGAUCAGUUUUUUUAAAAAAAAAAUGUAUCCUGUUUGCAAAGGCACAAUAAAGUUGCAUCGUAGAGACUAGGCAAUAAAGCUAAUAAUAAACCUUAUUUAACACAAACCAUAUUCAUAUUCUCUAUUCAUUUGUAGAAAAAGUCCAGCAUAUCCAGUAGUUUUCAGGGAUUUCAUUUUAACUUAAAAAAUUCUGAUAUAUUUAAUUUCUAAAUUUCAGACUGAUAUAAUACAGAGUUUUGGAAAACUAAGAAAUGUGUUGUUAAUCUGUGUAUUCCUAUGUAAAACACAUGGCUUUUCCUGUAUAUAUUUUUAAAAAUUAAAGAAAUGCACAUUUAAAAAG